GAUGAGAACGACAACGAUCCUGUAUUUGUCCGACCAAGACCAGUUAGUGGAACCUCGUCUCAGCAGAGAGAACGCUCCUCUGAUUCCAGUGCCGCAAGAGAAACCAGUAAUACGCCAAAACAGGGCGAGGCUGUAGUCCGAGAUGAUACUGAGUCCUUUUCAGUGGAUUCACAGGGACCAACACCACCCGCUAAAGAUCAAAUUCUGGUUGUGGCCGUUCAACGUGCGAGCAUGCCUAUGACAGGAGAUAGCGGAGAGGCUCAUCUCCAAAGCGGUGAUUCAAAUGGGCGUCCGCUCAUUCGAGUUGAGGCUCAUGACCCGGACGCUGGACCAAAUGGAGAGAUCCGCUAUUCGAUCGCCUCCGGAAACGUGGAUGACAUUUUCUACUUGGAUGCCUGUAGUGGUUCCCUCUUUCUAAAGUCACCGGGUCUCCUAAGGAGACCACCCCUUCCUGUGAAGUCGUCAGUUAUCAACACGGAAGCCGAAUUCAGUUACCUCCUGCGUUUAGAGGCCUGUGAUAUGGGCACGCCCAAACGCUGUGCCACUCCAGCUUGGCUGCGCAUGGUGAUGGAUUACCCAUCCCCUGCUAUGGGUGGCCUGGGUUUCCAGAAGGUUUGGUCCGACCCACAGGACUCCGGUCAGUCCUACACACAGUCAGGUUCAAACCCCUAUGUGGAUUCUAACAUGCAGCCGUUGUCAGGCCGAGACCGUUCAAAUUAUCCCAGUAGAACGGUAGGCCAGUGGCCGCCCUACAUGGAGCGCUGGGGACAGCUAAACUCCCCUCUAAAGCAGAAUGAAUAUAUGAAAGACUGGCGACUACACAACAGAGGCCUAUCAAACGGAAAGGUUGGGGAUUUUCUUGUGGACGAUAGGCACUAUGACUCCAGACGAAGUGCGGUCAGUGCCAGUGAGGCUGUUAUCAUCUGCCUGGCCGUGAUCUUUGCUGUUCUUUUGUGUGCCGCGCUUGCUUUGGUUUACCUGGUCAAACGGAGAUCAAUCUACUUCUCGAUUGCAGGCCGACAGAAAAACAAAGGCACAGAAGCGGCGCCUUCGCCCGAAUAUGUAAGCAGCAAUUUUAAGAACGAAGCAUCGACCACAUGUGAGGUGAGUGUCAUUACGACUCUUGUGCGUAUAUUUGUGGGGCUAGAUCCAAGUGACAAGGCUUCGUUGUACAGGAUGGUCGCCGACACGCGGGCUCCUGGAAAGAUCGUAUUUGUUGACAAUAAUUUUGAUCGUCAGAGUCUUCCAGAGGGUGCCACUUCCGAUGAAUUUGCGCUCAGUCCAGUGGGUGAGUUCGGUGAUGUUCAUUAA